GAUGUACCUUGGAGAAAGCGAAAGAUGCUGUUAAAGAUGGUCAUACAGCUGCAGAUACUACAGAGGUCACAGAAACAUCUGAAGAUGCCCUCGGUGAAUCAGCAGAAGUCUUGGAACAUGCUUAUCAUGAUGCUGUAGAAAUCAGAGGGAUAGUUUACCAUCCACAGUUGUCUCUGAACAUGCUGAAGGGCCGCCUCAAGCAAUGUUCAAGAUUUGACCCAUGAGCAGCUACAGUAUAUGGUUGAUUAGAGUGAGAGGCAUAUGCGGAAAAUAUUUGGAGGAUAUAUUCUCUGCGAGCUGCGAGAGACAUAUUGCAUUCUAGCAGGGAGGAAGAAGCAAAAGAGAGCUGGACUCGAACUUGCGUAUUGGUUCUUACACAGGCCAGCAUGUGGACACAGUCAUGCAUGUCCUUGAAUACAUCUUCUGUAAACCGGAUAACAAGAUGCUGUUAAGACGAUUAUACAGUUGCAGAAACUACAGAGAUCUCGGAACCAUCUCAAGAUGCUCUUGGUGCAUCAACAGAAGAUCAGAAGUGGACCAUGCUUAUCUUGAUGCUACAGGGAACAAUGGUACAGUUGCCCCAUCCACUGUCAUCUCUGAACAUGCUGAAGGGCUGCCUGAAGCCAGGAACUUUCAGCGUUUAACAGAGGAGCAAGGCCAACUCCUAAGAAAAUGUCGAAGUGUUCAACAUUACUAUGAGACGGGAACUGAAGAUGAAAGACUGUAUUAAUUCAAUCAAAAGCCACAAGUGUUUGAAUUCUCUGAAGUGGAAUUAAAUAAAAAAACACAUUACACAGUUGGAUAACGACAGAUUGCACACUGAAACAAUAAUAAGUGUUCAAAGUGCUAGUACAUCUUGUACAUAGUGUCAAGGUGUCCAAGCAUGUCUCUGUAAGCCAAUGGUUCACUGCAUAUGAGGUUAAUUUAUAUCUUACAGUGGAUUGCAGCAAAAGGCCACAGGAAAAUAUGUUUUG